AUGGAAAAGACAGUCACAGUUUCUGCACCAGUUAAUAUUGCUCUCAUCAAAUACUGGGGCAAGAGAAAUGACAAGCUCCUUCUUCCUCUAAAUGACUCUUUGAGUAUUACUCUUGCACAAGAUGAUUUACGAACUGUGACAACAAUUCAAGCCAGUCCAGAUUUUCCCACCACUUGCCUCUGGUUGAAUGGGAGAGAAGAAGAUGUAAGUUCACCUAGACUUCAAAACAUCAUCUCAGGGAUAAGAAAUUUCGUGAAGGAAAAAUGUGGAGAAAACAUUCCCGGUAUAUUUGGGUGGCAUCUCCAUAUUGUUUCAACCAAUAACUUCCCAACAAAGGCUGGAUUAGCCUCAUCUGCAUCAGGGUAUGCCAGUCUGACAUUUGCUUUGGCAAAGCUUUAUGGACUUGAUGAGGAAAAUUUAUCUGUCAUUGCUCGUACUGGUUCUGGAAGUGCUUGUCGUAGCUUGGAAGGAGGUUUUGUGCUGUGGAAUAUGGGUAAAAAAGAGGAUGGUAGUGAUUCUUCCUCUGUACAGCUUUUUUCACACACCCAUUGGGAAGACCUAAGAGUAUUUCUUGUUGUGAUCUCGUCAUCACAGAAAAGUGUUGGCAGUUCCCAAGGCAUGCUACGUUGCCGCGAAACAAGUGGUCUGCUGAGACAGCGAUUGCUGUCUGUUGGAGGUCGGAAAGAAGAUCUCAUUGAAGCAAUCAAAAGGAAAAACUUUGAACAAUUUGCAAAGCUUGUCAUGCAGGAUAGUAAUGAAAUGCAUGCUGUGUGCUUGGAUAGCUAUCCUCCCCUCAUGUACAUGAAUGAUGCAUCUCAUGCUGUUUGCCAGAUUGUACAUGAGUACAAUUCAGCUAUUGGUCAAACUGUUGUUGCUUAUACGUUUGAUGCAGGACCAAACCCUUGCCUCAUGAUGCAGGAAUCUAUAUCCUCUGAUUUCAUGGGUCUCUUGGAAUAUUUUUCUGGAGUGAUGAAAAAUGGGACCUGGAAAGGCAUUCCUGUAAGUCGGAAAUAUCCCUCUGAUGAAUUGUUAUCAAAGAUUCCCAGUGCUCAAUCACCUAAACCAAUUCCAGUGGAAAUGAUCAUCUCAACGCGCAUUGGUGAAGGUCCUCAAGUACUACCUCAGGAUUCCUCACUCAUUGAUUCAUUUGGCUUUCCAGUAAUUUAUGGUUGA